UUGAAAAGAACGCAGCUGUUUGUCUAGUUAUUCGUAUCGAUAAGCUUACCGACCACGUGGAAUCGGAAAACUUUUACCAGGAGAGAAAUAGGCAAAAUGCACUGGUUAGCAUGGUGUGUGCUUAUCGGCAGUUUACAACCAGGGUUUUCAGACAACACCCUGGCAACGAACGAAACACUGCUAGAGCUGUACGAAGGAUCAAGUUUUAGGGAAGGAAGAUAUUUUCCAUUUUACACAAUCGGUCGUAUUGCUAACGUUCCCUGUUUGGCGACUAACGGGUUGACAGGAACCUGUCUAAUUCGAGGCGAGUGUUCCGACAAUGGCGGUCUGUUUGGAGGGAGCUGCAGCACUCUCACCAAUCAGGCAACCUGUUGCUUGUUCAGCCAAACCUGUGGAGGCACAACCAGACUUAACAGCACCUAUUUCACGAACGCAGGCUAUCCGGGGUCAUUAAACGAUGGUGGAUCUUGUAUUUUUACGAUUUAUCCGUGCAGUGCGGCCGUUUGUCAACUGCGAAUCGAUUUCAGAUCGCUCACUCUGGCGCAACCGGAUGGUGAUGGUAACUGUAUAACCGAUAUACUGACGAUUACAGGGGGAAGCUCGGAUGUGCCCGGUAUCUGUGGUGAAAACUCCGGACAGCAUGUGUACGUGAAUUUCGACGAUCUCAAUCCGAUAACAAUACGCGUGGCCACAACGGCGGCAACUUCUUUCAAUCGACAGUGGAAUCUGCAGCUGUCACAAAUCGCCUGUGCUUCUCAGUUUCGUGCUCCGGAGGGAUGUUUGCAGUAUUAUUUCGACACAAGUGGAACUAUCAGUAGCUUCAACUAUGGAUUUGGAGCCAACCCCAGCUUGAACGUUGUUGGUGCUGUGGGCUCCAGGCAGAUCGUCAACCAGCAGUACGGGAUUUGUAUUCGUGCUGGUCCGGAUCAGUGCAGCAUAACGUACAGUUUGCCUGAUAACGGAGGACAAUAUGCUUUCACAGUAUCGGGAGCGGCAGAUGCUUUGGAUCCUGCCCUGAUCGGGAUGGGAGCUUUCGGUCAGAACGGUUUGGACUGCCUUACUGACUACAUUGUCAUACCAAGUCCGAUUGUUACGGAUCAAGCGGCAGCGGGGCAGGUUUUUACCGAUAGAUUUUGCGGAUUAGGAAUUUACUCAGUAACUAGUCAAGUAAAACCCUUUGUUGUAUAUGUUUUUUGGGACGAUAACGAGGACCCUGAUGCAGCCAACCGAGGCUUCCGGCUGGCGUAUAGUCAAAAUGAUUGUAGUGUUGUGUAAAUUGUCUCUCUCAAUCCUACUAACAUGUGGAGAAGAUUUGGGUUGCGAAUUGAUUGAAGAAAAGGAACUGAAUGUGGAUAGUCUUUCGGAAAUCAGCAAUGAUGCUGUAGUUACUGCCUCGCCCGAAAAAAAAAUUACAUUAAAAAAACCUUAAAAGUUGCUGUAAUUGUACAUAGUUAUACCAUAGUUUAACUACACAGUAAAGAAAAUUUACAUUACUUUAAAUGCACAUAGAUGGAGCAUUGGAAACCACGUAAUAUUUCGUGUGGCAUUAUAUUCACAUGCAAAGUAAAUGAAUAUAUUGUGAAUUUGCAUGCAUAUUUAUAUUCGAAGCUUUAAGUUUAUAUCAAUUAACGUACAAAUUUACAUGUCUUAAAACGAUUCUGUAUUGUACAUUAUUUACGAUGUGAAAUUGUAUAUGUUUUUCACUUUAUGUGCUAGAAAUCGUUAUGUGCUUUCAUUUGUA